GACUUUAUUAACGUGUUAAAAUGGCUCUACCCAAAGGCGCCGUCCCCUCGCGGUCCGAGUGCCAGUGCGGGAUCUGCAUGGACAUCCUCGUGGAGCCCGUGACCCUGCCGUGCAGCCACACGCUGUGCAGACCGUGCUUCCAGGCGACCGUGGAGAAGGCGAGUCUGUGCUGCCCCUUCUGUCGCCGCCGCGUGUCUUCGUGGACUCGGUACCACACCCGAAGGAAUUCUCUCGUCAACCUGGACCUGUGGAAGGUCAUUCAGAAACACUAUCCCCGGGAGUGCAAGCUCAGAGCGUCGGGGCAGGAGUCCGAGGAAGUGGCUGAUGACUGUCAGCCAGUUCGUCUGUUAAGUAAACCUGGGGAAUUGAGAAGAGAAUAUGAAGAGGAAAUAAGUAAGGUGGAGGCAGAGCGACGGGCCAGCGAGGAAGAAGAGAACAAAGCCAGUGAAGAAUACAUACAGAGAUUGUUGGCAGAGGAGGAAGAGGAGGAAAAAAGACAGGCGGAAAAAAGGCGAAGAGCGAUGGAAGAACAACUGAGAAGUGAUGAAGAACUGGCAAGAAAGCUGAGCAUUGAUAUUAACAAUUACUGUGAGGGAAGUAUCUCGGCUUCUCCGUUGAAUUCCAGAAAAUCUGAUCCAGUUACACCCAAGUCUGAAAAGAAAAGUAAGAACAAACAAAGAAACCCUGGAAAUAUUCAGAAGUAUUUGACGCCUAAAUCUCCGUUUGGGUCGGCCUCACACUCUGAAGCUGUACAAGAAGCCAGGAAAAACUCCGUAUCUAAGGUCACUAAAAGCCCAACAGGGCAAGACACAGAAAUGGAAGAUAUGCCGACACUUUCUCCGCAGAUACCCCUUGGAACUGGAGAACAAGGUGCAGAUUCUUCAGCAGAGCCCCCUAUGCCAUGGUUAUGUGCCUGUGGUGCCGAAUGGUACCACGAAGGAAAUGUCAAAACAAGAGCAGGCAAUCAUGAUAAAGAGUUGUGUGUCUUAAGUCACGAGGGACCUAAAACCAGAGUUCCCGACCCUAAAGAAGCUGCAGUCAUGCCUUGUGGCAGAACAGAGAGUGGGUGUGCCCCCACAUCAGGGGUGACCCAGACAAAUGGAGACAACACAGGUGAGGCAGAAAACGAAGAGCUGGGCCUACUGAUCAGUAAGGAUAUUUCCAAAAGAAAAAACCAAGAAUCUUCCUUUGAAGCAGUUGAGGAUCCAUGCUUUCCUGCAAAAAGAAGAAAAACGUCCCCCGAAUGUUCCCCAGAUCAAGAGGAAACAGAAAUAAACUUUACCCAGAAACUGAUAGAUCUGGAGCAUCUGCUGUUUGAGAGACAUAAACAAGAAGAACAGGACAGGUUAUUGGCGUUACAACUUCAGAAGGAGGUGGAUAAAGAGCAGAUGGUGCCAAACCGACAGAAAGGAUCCCCAGAUGGGUAUGACCUCCGCGCUCCGUCCUCCCCUCCAGACAGAGUGCCAAAUGGACAGAGGAAGAAUCCCAAAGACAGGAACUCCAAAAGGCAAACUCAUACAGAGCAUCCAAAACCGCAGAGAGGCUCCAGGGACGAAAAUAGGCACCUGUCUUUAAAGAUGCAGUUGAAGCAUUCAGUGAAUGGAAGAAAGAUGCCAAAUUCUUCUAGAGAUCAGUGUAAUGUAUCCAAAAGUGCUCAUUCCCUACAGCCUAGCAUUUCACAGAAAAGUAUUUUUCAGAUGUUUCAGAGGUGCACAAAGUAAUGCCUGGUAAAGGGAGUGCUUUGUGAUCUAGUAAAGCUGGACUGUGAAGCUCUUUUCUAUCAUGGAAUCUUUUUUUUUUUUUUUUUUU